AUGAUCUUAAAUAAAGUUCCCAGAUUUUUUUUGUCUACACUAAGAAAUAGUCGGCCGUUGAGACCAGUUUAUUCAAAAUGUUCUCCUCUGGUAUCAAGCAAAGCAUAUUGCAGUAGUCUUGAAAAGAAAUCUACCAUCACAGGUAUGAUGUAGCUAUAGCAAGGUUGACCUUAUAUUUUUAAAAAUAAGAGCAGCCCUUUUAUAUAGGUUCCAAUUGGGGGGGUCUGUGGCUCAGAUUAAUGUAUACUGAAUUCUUUAUGCCAACUUAUUAAAUAUAAAUAUUAUAAUCUAUUAAGUGGUAAUGUGCUCCAAUGCAUCCCUUGCUAUACACCCCCUUCUGGAAAGUAUGUUAUUAAUUACCUUGGCCAUAUAGAGCCUUGUUUUUGUGUUCAUGACGUUAGUUUGCUCAAUCACAAAAACGAGGCUCUAUAGCCAAGAUGAUGUACUUUCCAGAAGCGUGUAUUCAUCUGGUGUUAGACAGAGUAAAUAUUGCCAGAUAAUUUUACCCUUUGAGAAGACUAUAAAACCCCAUGCAACAUACUGUAUGUGCUACAAAACUGUGGUAAAUUACUCUACAGUUAUUUAAACAGUAAAACAUCACUUUUUGACAGAGGAAACAAGUGAGAGACGUUCAACAUUACCACAACAUCAUCUAUCAUAUGUGGAUAAAGUUACCUUGAAGUUGUUUGGAAACAUCAAGGGUGAAAUUCCAAAUGAAGUCAGGUGAGAUAAUUACCACAUAUCUUCAAGCAAUGAGCCUAAAAUUGAUAAAAUACAUUGGGAAAUCAUCAGUUGCCCAUUAUCAAAGACCGGCAAAAGGUGUUCCAAUUAGCCAAAAUAUACUUUUAAUAGGAAGCAUGGUUUUGCACUGGAUUAUAAAUGGUAUGCCAGUGCUCUCCCAAUGUUGAGUAAAUCCAUCUGGUGUUACACAGAGCAAAACAAUAAAAUAGAAUGCAGUAGGGUGCAAUGCAACUUAAGGGGUUAAAUAUAUAUAAGAAUGUGAUCAAAGAUUAUGGAAGACUCACCCUGACAUGGCAUUUUUGUCAAUCACUCAAUCAGUCAAAAAGUUUAGACAGUACUGUCUGAACUCAUAUCUUAAUUGGUGCAUCAUACCAGGGCAGAAAAAAAGAAUUUCCGUCCCGGUAGCACAACCUGGAGACAAAAAUUUUCUGCAGACCAACAGAGUAUUUUUGUGCUAAAUCUGCAUGUGCAUAAACAUAUAUAGUGUUCAGUUGACCAUGGUUUUCAAUUAAAGGAAUGUCUGACAACCCAUAUGUUGUUGCGCCCAUAGUGGGAUGUGGGUGUUAAGGUUUCCUCCAAACUUUCAAUAGCAAAUCUUCAUUCAAACGAAUUUCCUGCAGAGCUCUGCUUAACAUUUCCUGCAAGCAGUGCUUGUGUGCUCGCCUAUUUUUGCCACCCCUGCAUCCUACUUUGACCAGCAUAAUGCUUUUCUUCUAGUUAUGCAGUGAUGGAGAAAGCAGAUUCAAAGCGUCGCAUUGCAGUCAACCUCUUCUUGGUGGCAUUCUGUGGAUUUGGGUCCAUGUUAGUUGUGUACAAUGUGAAAAAGAACCUAAAAAAUGACACUCAGCAGAACAUUUAUGCUCAAAACAGUCAGCGAUAUCAAGAAGAUAAAAAAAGCUAG